ACAUGCCAUGAGAUGGCGAUGGCGAUGGCGAUGCGCGGCCGCGUCAGCUCAUUUCUCGCCGCCCACGUACCCAGCUCCCCCCAGCCAAUGCCAAUCCAUAGCGGUAUAAAUUCACCACGCCUCCCCCACAAACUCCUCCACCUCCGGUCCCAAGCUGCAAGAGCAACCGCAGCAAUCACGCACAAGCCUUGCGGUAGGGAAUCAAAGAAACAGAGGAGCAGGAAAGAUGGCAAAGGUGCAUCCCAACUCCGGCAUGCCAGAGCCCGCCGCCACCACCAGUACUAGCAGAGCCGAGGAAGAACAGCCCACGGUGCUGACGGUGUGGCGCAAGUCGCUGCUCUUCAACUGCGACGGCUUCACCGUCUUCGACGCCAAGGGCAACCUCGCCUUCCGCGUCGACAGCUACGGUUCCGGAAGGCGCGCCGAGGUCGUGCUCAUGGACGUCGCAGGCAAGGCGCUCCUCACCAUCCGACGCAAGAAGCUGAGCCUGGCGGAGCACUGGGUCAUCUACGACGGCGACGCCGCAGCAGCCGCCAAAGCCAAAGCCAAGCCGCUCCUCUCCGUCCGCCGCCGCGUCAGCCUCCGCGCGUCCAAGGCGCUGGCGCACGUCACUCCCCUGCAGGUGCAGGGCUCGAGCAUCUCUUCCACCGAGGCGUACGUGGUGGAGGGAUCCUACGGCCGGCGGGCCUGCGCGGUGCGCGACGCGCGCGGGGACGCGGUGGCCGAGGUGCGGCGGAAGGAGUCCGUUGGGGACGACGUGUUCCGGCUGGUUGCGGAUCCCCGCCUUGGCGCGCCGUUGGCCAUGGGCCUCGUCAUCGCCCUCGACGAGAUGUUCGGCGGCGGGGCGCACUCGUUGCUGCGCAGGACCUGGUCGGCGUAGUAACUACCAAGGCCGCUGACAAAUCGAUCGAUCGGGCCUCGUAUGUGUCCCAGCUUCAGCGUCAGCAUAGUAGUAUCAGAUGGACAGCUCUCACCGUGUUGAGUCCAUUGGCGGUACAAAUAAGCGAGCCACUUCUUAACGGUAGAAAAAAAAAUCAAUUGGCUUUACCGAGAAAUGACACCCACUAGCUAGUUUAGUUUUCCACCAUAUCCACCGUCAAAAAAGAAGACGAUGAAGAGAAGAGUGUUGAACCAAUUGUUCGUAUCUGCUGGUUUCUUUUUUUCAUUGUCUUGGUCGUCUUCUUCUCUCUUUUUUUUUUCAUUGUCUUGGUCGUCUUCUCCCUCCUCCAUCCGUAUGAGUAUGAAGUGGAUGAUAGGAGUCAUUUUAGCUCAUAGCUGGUUUGUACAUGAAAUUUUAUCGAGUGAUUAGAAAUUAGAGUUUUUUU